AUGUGUAGAUCAAAAACUGAGGGAGGGUUGGGUAUUAGAAAAUUGAAGGACCUGCAGGUUGCUGCUUACUAUGUUUUGGCAUGGGAUUUUUUAUUGAGUAAAGAUAGGCUCUGGGUCUCUUGGUUUCAAAACAGAUAUGCUUUAAGACCAUCAUACUGGAAUGCUGUUCCAAAGGUUUUGACAGAUCCUUGGUGUGAAGGGGAAACUUUGUUACAGAAAUUUGGGCACAGAAGGGUUAGAAGGUUGGGGUUCUCUUGGUCUUCUCUAUUGUCCAGUAUUAUCAUUGAUGGAGGCUGGAAUUUUGAUCUUUUACAAGAUGAAAUUUUUAGACCCAUUAAAGAUUACUUGCACACACUGCCUGUUCACGCUAGACCAGAUAAAUUUCUUUGGGAUGGAGGUGAUUUUAAUUUCAAAAAAGCUUGGAAGGGUUGUAGAACUACCUAUCCAGAGGCUUUGUGGUCAUCUGUUUGUUGGGGGAAAGCUAGACCUCGAUGGUCUAUUCAUGGACUUCUUUUAUUUCAAGAUCGACUGCCUACAAUGUACAAUCUGCAGAAGAGGAAAGUGCAACUGGCACCUAAAUGUUCUAAUUGCCUACAACAAAUUGAUACCAAAGAUCAUGUUUUUGUUCAAUGCCCUUUUGCUAUGAAUUUCUGGAGCUGGUUGAAGGAUACACUUGGUUGGACUGUGGACUUUAGCUCUAUCUUUAUAGUUGAAGAUUUGUUGCUUUGGUUCUCAUCACAGACUAGUACAAUGAUUAAAACAUUAUUGAUUGGUGGUUUUUGGAGUAUUUGGCAAGAGAGAAAUCGAAGGCUUCAUGGUCAUAGUCCUACUUCCACCUCCGAGGUGGCUAGGAAUAUUUUGUUUGAGGUUUUUGAUGUUUAUAAUGUCUCACUUAAAGACAUUAUAUAG